AUGGCGGAAAAUGGCGAAGCACGGGCGAUCGGGAUAGAUCAGGGGACGACGUAUUCAUGCGCCGCAGUUUGGCAGUACGGCCACGUUGAGAUUAUACUGAAUGAUUGGGGCAACCGCACCACGCCCUCUUACGUCUCCUUCACCCGCACGGAGCGUCUCUUCGGUGACGCCGCUAAAGAUCAACUCGCCCUUAAUCCUGCUAACACAGUUUUCGAUGCAAAGAGGCUGAUUGGCCAGAAAUUCAGUGACCCAAUGGUUGAGAGUGACAUGAAACUCUGGCCAUUCAAAGUCAUUCCUCACCCUAAUAACAACAAGCCUAUGAUACAAGUCUCCUACAAAGGAGAGGAGAGACAAUUUUCAGCUGAGGAGAUCUCUUCGAUGGUGCUCUCUAAAAUGAAGGAUGUCGCCGAGGCUUAUCUUGGAUCAUCUGUCAAGAAUGUUGUUGUCACCGUACCAGAUAAAUUCAUUCUUUUCUUUAAACUCUUUCAACCCAAUUCCAAACCACUAUCAAAACUCUUCGUCCGACAAUGGGAGAGAAUUCGUUAA